UUACUUUUACUUUUGAGUCUGUACUGAUACGGUUUGCGGCAUAAUCCGUCUUCAUCGUUGGCUGACCCUGUGAUCAUUCGUUGGUUGGCAUAAAAACUUGAUUUUACUAGGCUGUACAUGGUUGAUAUCAAGACCUGAAAUUUCGGUCAGGAGUUGUAACGAAAAAAUCAAGGAGAAUCGACUCGUCUGCUGAAAGCUUUGGUGACCCAUGUCAGAGGAUACAUCGAUGCUCGCUGAACAACCUCAGGCACAAGCGCCACGCGCCAGCAAGAGUUCCAUCAGAAAGACUGAUGAAUUCAAAAUGCAACCAUGUAGCUGGAGUUUCCAUUUGUUCUUUUGGGGUUUUGUCGCCUUGCUUCGUGCCGCCGUUGGCUACCAGCCACACUCGGGACAAGACAAUUACCACGGUAGUCUCGAAAAAGGAGCAUACGGAGGGGAUUUCGAGGCGCAGCGGCACUGGAUGGAACUGACUAUAAAUCUUCCUGUCGGCGACUGGUAUUGGUACGAAACAGGAUACUGGGGGUUGGACUAUCCUCCACUGACGGCAUAUGUUAGCUGGAUCUGUGGUUGGGCGUCGUAUUACAUCGUGGGGCCGGAAUCGGUCGCCCUCGAUCUGUCCCGGGGAAUCGAAGAUCUUAAUCAUAAAUCCUUCAUGAGAGCAACAGUUCUGGUAUUAGACCUAUUGAUUUAUGGGCGAGCGGUUUGGUAUGCCACCUACGAAGGAGAUCGAAAAUCCCUCUGGACGAUCCUGAUAGCCCUUUGUCAGCCAGCGAUAUUGUUGAUCGAUCACGGGCAUUUUCAAUACAAUACCGUUGCGCUUGGCCUAAGCAUUUCGGCAUUUUCCCAGAUGGUAAAGAUUAAUUUUUCGUCUUGCGUGUGGGGGGGAUUUUUCUUCGCAAUGGCACUCAAUUUCAAACAAAUGACACUUUAUUACGCUCCGGUGGUGUUUUUUUACCUCUUGGGACGAUGCACAGCUGGUUCUCGAUGGCGGUGGUUCUUUCCCCGGAUUCUGUGGCUUGGUGGAGUGGUGCUGCUGACUUUUUGUGUCUUGUGGGAACCUUUUGUGAAGUAUCCCCCGUCCAACCAAACACCGAUCCCAAAUCAGCUAGAGCGACUAGAACACGUCGUGCGCCGGAUAUUUCCUUUCGAAAGAGGUCUGUUCGAAGGCAAAGUUGCCAAUCUAUGGUGUGCCCUGAAUACUUCUCCAUUGAACAUUCGAGAUCGGAUCCCAACGGAGACGCAACCACUUCUGGCCAUGUUUAUGACGAGCGUUCUCAUGUUUCCGUCGUGUUGGAAAGUCCUAAACGUUGGUUUAGAUGAUCCUUCCUCGGUUGUAACCGUAAGACGCCAUUGGGUUUUUAUGUUAUGGGCGACUACUUCGUGUGCCCUAAGUUUCUUUUUGGCAAGCUUCCAGGUUCACGAAAAGAGCAUUCUACUCGCAGUAGGACCUUGCACCUUGCUCUUUUGGGAAGACCCCGUCUUCGUUGAAUGGUUUUCUUUGGUCAGUGUCUGGACCCUGUAUCCCCUUUUUCGAGUGGAUCGUCUUCAGGUAGCAUAUUGGUGUGUCGUCGUAAUCUUCGCUUCAAUGGUAUGGUUUCGCCACAUCAGCAUGGGUCAGAAGAAAAUCGACACAAUAUUUUCUGAUACAUCCAUGCUACGGAAGAUCCCAUAUCUAAGCUACGUGGGUAUGAUUGGUUUGCAUGCUGCACAGGCACUCAUUCCAACUCCAUCUAAUUUACCGGAUCUGUAUGAAGUCUUGUGGAGUGUGGCUGGAUGCGGAAUGUUUUCAAUAGCUUGGCUCGCCACGAUCAUCAAACUAUACUACUCGUCGUCAUCAGGCCCACCAACCAUAUUGAAAACGAAAGGCGACUGAUUUUUCAAAAAUGUGAGAAAUUUAAACUAGGCUAUAAUAUCAUGGAAUGGUAUCUUUUGAUUUAUGAGUCUUUCGAAGCUAGCAUUGUUUUGAAGAUUUAAGCUGACUACGGGAACUUAGUUUUCUAGAUUUCAUAUUAGAGUAUUCAUAUUCUUUGCUACUUCAUCAUCGUUACAGCUUCUAGUUACACCAGCAGUAACACAACUGAAAUAAAACAAAUUGUUGGAC